UAACAUUGUACUGUUUGUUGGAGCUCCUAGAAGCAAACAGCAAUUUGACUUCCAGCCUGCGGAGCUGCCUGUGGGCUAGGUGUACACUCCUAACAUUAGUUGGAUCGGUGAAUGUUGGCAGCGUCUCAGAUAAUGAUUGGCUGCUCCUGACUGAUUUGUUAUUUAUGGAAAACAAAGUCGAAAAGAAAUGAGGUGUAGUUUCAGAUGUUUUAGUUGACGAUCAAGCAGUCGAUGCGUCUGCACGGCUUUUAGGCUACUUGCAGGGUGAAGAUCACUACGGGAGCAACGACAGAAUUCGGAAAGAACCAGUGCUCGUGAUCGCUUUGCAUUUGUCUUCUUGUCCCUUCUAGUUGUCGAGCAGUUCUUUUGGUAAGGUUCUUUCGGUUUUUGCCUCCAUACAAGGUAUAUGCCUGGAAUAUACCUAAAUAAUAUCCGUACUAUUCCAUGAUAUGGAGCCGAAUAAAAGUUGCUUCUGUCACAGUAGCUAGCAAUUCUAGGAGGACUGCAGCGGCCAUGUUGCCUGUCCUGGUGGUUCACGGAGGAGCGGGUAAUGUCCCGAGGCAGCGCGCCGAGCUCUCCUGUGCGGGGGUGCGGGAGGCGGCCCGGGCCGGUUACGCCCUGCUGCAGUCGGGCCGGAGCGCGAUGGACGCUGUGGUGGAGGCGGUGACACUGCUGGAGAACAACCCCGCCUUCAAUGCAGGAUGCGGCUCUGUGCUGAACGAGCACGGCGGCGUGGAGAUGGACGCGCUGGUGAUGGACGGGCGCACGCUAGCCAGCGGGGCCGUGUCGGCGGUGAGGAGGAUCGCCAACCCCGUGCAGCUGGCCCGCCUGGUGAUGGAGAAGACGCAGCACCUGUGCCUGACUGCGGAAGGGGCCUCUAAGUUUGCCCGGGCCGUCGGCGUGCCGGAGGUACCGGAGGAGACGCUGAUCACCGACUACGCCCGCAAGCGCUGGCAGCGGAACCUCCAGCCCGGCUCCAACCCGGUGGAGUGCCAGAUGGGGAAGAUGGGCACAGUGGGCGCUGUGGCGGUCGAUUCGGAAGGGAACGUGGCCUGUGCCACCUCCACGGGGGGCAUGCUUAAUAAGAUGGAGGGGCGUGUGGGUGACACCCCCUGUGUUGGGUGUGGAGGCUACGCGGAUAACCUGCUGGGAGCAGUGUCACCCACGGGUCACGGGGAGGCCAUCAUGAAGGUCACACUGUCCAGACUGAUCCUCUUCUACAUGGAGCAAGGGAAGACAGCUGCGGACGCGUCGGACCAGGCCCUGGCCUACAUGUGGGAGCGGGUGCAGGGGCUGGCCGGGGUGGUGGUGGUGGACCCCCGAGGCGGGUGGGCGGCCCGCUUCAACAGCCUGCAGAUGGCGUGGGCCGCCGCCCAGAACGGGCAGCUGCACUACGGCCUGGGCAAAGGAGAGGACUUCACCCUGCCCCUGCAGGACCAGCCUGCAGCCGCCACCCAGAACCUGGAGCAGCAGCAUGCCGCCAGCACCCACAACCUGGAGCAGCAGUGACAGCACACACCUGUACAUACACACACACACCUGCACAUACACACACACAGACACGCACACACAGUCACACACACACACAUACCCACACACACACACACACACACUCCCAGAACAGCGCAAACACACACAGUCUCACACACACACACACCCACAUACACACACACACACUUCUGCUGACAGCCUGAAAUCAGAAGCUCCACACACUCCCAGGAAAUGCACAAAGCGGACAGUUAUGCUUUUAUACUGACGUCAGCACCAGUGCCAAAGUGCUUCUAUUCACAGUCCAGUCUCUUAGAUUAGUCAGAGGAUGUUUUCAUUGGUGAAUUCUCAUUGGUUAAUGCCUCUGUGUUAAAGCUAUGGUGUGCUUCGGAGUCCCUA